AUGGGCCGCCGCGCAGCCGCCGCCGCCACCGCCCCGCGCCACCUGGUGCUGCUCGUGGCCGCGCUCACCGCCUUCUGCACCGCGCUGCCGCAAACCGUCAUGGCGAUAGACCUGAGCCGGCUGUACGGGCACUUGAGUGCCAAGAGAAACGGUGAGUCCGACUCCAGCCUCCACCCGCCUCCACAUCAACUCCAGGCCGCCAGACAGUGGCCACCACCUCCACCAAGUACAAAAGCAACGAGCACACCACGAAACAAGGGCGCACGCGCCCCGCCGCCCCCAUACGGCAACGACCACCACCUUCUCAAUAAACUGCACUUGACAGCACAACGACCUGAUUAUACCUCAACUCAACUGCAAAUACAAGCGAAUGCUACAAGAACAUACAUCGCACAUGCGCCAAACGUUUUCUUCUGCACUUUUUCUCCACUUUUCUAAGUGUUGUGUUUUUUUUCUUCCAUGUGUGCACUGCACGCACUGUCGUCGAGUAAGUAUGAACCCUCGAUGCACCACCUGGACACAGCCCGCCCGUUCCUGCACCAUACUCGAUACUGUUGCACCAAACAGCACCGCUUUGUGUGUGUGUGUGUG